AUGGGUUAUCCUAAGCUACGGAAUCCCUUUCGAAAGAGGCGCUCCAAACAACAGCCUCGGGAAGAAACCACGAAUCUACCAAAUAUUCCAUCAAAAAUACCGUCUAAUGCUCUUUCUGGUACCUCUUCGACCCUAGAGCAAGCAGCUCAACCGAAACCUAAAUCAGAUGCCUUGCCCGCAGAGGAUAAACAGGUUCAAUCUAGCUCGGAUACCAUCCUGCCUCACCUCAACAGGAAGGCCGAGAAGCGGAAUCUCUGGCGAGAGGCAUACAACACGUUGGAUGAGAAGCAGCGCCAGAAUAUAAAUCCGGUAAAGGAACAUGAACAGAGCGGCAACAAUCACGACAUCGACUCAGACUCUGUACGUAAAACCUUAGAUGAUGUGAUUCAAACCGUCAAAGCACAAUACGAAAUUAGAAUGUCGAAAAGAGGAGACUCACGACUUCGGGAUGCUGCAAACAAAAUCUUGACAGCCACAUUGAGCUGCAAGGAUAUUAUCAGUGCAAUCGUGGCAUUCGACCCCACUGCCCACGCGUCAAGUGCCUGGACAGUCGUCUCCCUGGGAUUGACGAUGACACAGAAUUAUCGUGAUCAACAAAUGACUUGGUUUCAGUCAUCUGCCAUCUUGACUGACAUCCUAGCUCGGUAUGCCGUUAUAGAGAAGCUUUACCGCGACGAGAGCUCCGAGGUGAAUGACAGAAUUGAGGAUGCCAUCUUGAGGGUCUAUAUCGCUGUUCUGAAAUAUACGGCAGAGGCAAUGACCAUCUAUCGCUCAACUACAGGAAAGAGGUUGAUGCGUAGUGUGGUGGCCCUGGCAAAACUGCCCCUGACAGAGAUUCAGUCCUCGAUCGACACAGAGGAAACGCACCUGGGAAAGUGGUUGCAAAUGUAUCAAGAAAUGCAACGCAAACAGGAUGCCAAUAAUAUACUUCUUGGAGUUGAUCGGCUUCUCGACUAUAUCCGAGAUAUUGCACAGAAAAUCGAACUCAACAAGCUGCCAAUAGCUGAAGGGGCUCAUUUCGAUUCCCACAUGGAUGAGGACCAGGCUGAAUGUCUGGAGAAUACAAGAGUUGAGCUUCUUGAUGAUAUCACGAACUGGGUAGAUGAUUCCGAGGGAAAGACCAUUUUUUGGUUGAGUGGUGUAGCUGGAACUGGAAAAUCAACAAUUUCCCGGACAGUAGCGCGAAAGCUGCAGGAGAGAGAGCUGCUAGGAGCAAGCUUCUUUUUCAAGAGAGGUGAGGGUGAUCGUGGGAAAGCUUCGCGAUUUGUCACCACUAUCGUUAAGCAAUUCAUGAUUGCUCUUCCUCAGAUGAGAAAAGAGAUUGCGACAGCCAUGGAGAACGACUUGAUGAUAGUUUCCAAGUCACUGAAAGAUCAAUUUGACUAUCUGUUAUUGAAGCCGCUUCUGAGCGUGGAAUUUAGCAAUGGGCAGCGCUUACCGCUUGUCGUUGUAAUCGAUGCCCUGGAUGAGUGUGAGGAGCGAAGCAUUGAGACGAUCAUUCGACUUCUUCCUCGGGUACAAGAAUCGAAAACGAUACAAUUAAAGGUCUUCAUCACCAGCCGACCCGAGCACCCAAUUUUUGAGGGCUUUGAGCAGAUAGAAGGCGAACACAAAGAUGUCGUUCUCCAUGAAAUUGAACGUCGUACAAUCAAGCACGAUAUGGCUCUAUUCUUUGAGGACCGAUUAUCGAAAAUCCGAAAGAACAAGAAUCUUGAAGAAAUAUGGCCUGGAGAAACCAGGACACAAGCUCUGAUCGACAUGGCAAUACCGCUAUUCAUCUUCGCUGAAACUGUCUGCCGCUUAUUAGGGGACUACCGCUGGGAUCCAGACGACAGCUUGAAUGACAUAUUGAAACGUCAAUACAACAACUCUAAUCUGGAUAGAACUUACUUGCCUGUUUUAAACAAACUCCUCGAAGGACAGGAUCGACGAGCUCAGAAUGAAUUGGUCAAGCAAUUCCGCCAGGUUGUUGGGACAAUCGUUGCUCUCGAAAGCCCACUUUCCAUUGCUUCGCUUUCAAAGCUGAUCAAUAUGAAAGAGAGCCUGAUUCGCAUCAGACUAGACUCACUUCAUUCAGUCCUGAACAUUCCAAAGGACAACAACAAACCAGUCAGAAUGUUCCAUCUUUCUUUCCGUGAAUUCCUCCUUCAUCCAGAGACAAAAGAGAAAACAAAAUUUUCAGUGGACGGGCACUCAACGCAUCGCGAUUUGGCUCAUAAGUGCAUUGCAGUCAUGAUGGAUCCCCAACAUGGACUUGGACAGGACAUCUGUGACCUGCGCAAACAUGGAACCUCUAGAGAUGAUAUUACCACGGAGCAAAUUGAAGGGUGUUUCCCAGCAGAACUUCGCUACUCUACCCGAUAUUGGGUUCAUCAUCUUCACCAGGGAGCUUUGACUCUUUCUGAUCACGACGAAGUACAUGGAUUUCUCAAAAAGCACUUUCUUCACUGGCUGGAAGCAAUGAGUAUCCUAGGGAAUCUGCCAGAAACAAUAGGCAGUGUCAACAUGUUACUCUCGAUUGUACAGACGUCACGUUCAGAUCAAAUGUCAAAAUUUCUUUACGAUGCAAAGCGAUUUACUCUCAAGAAUAUCCAGAUUGCCAAAGAUUUUCCGCUGCAGCUGUAUUCCUCCGCAUUGCUGUUCGCGCCAGAAAAAUGUACGAUCAGAAACACGUUUUCCCACUGUGUCCCACCAUAUUUCUCUCGACUACCCAGAGUUCCUGAGUACUGGGGUGCUGAAUUACAGAUACUCGAGGUUGGAGCUGCGACUGUGAAUUACUUGGAAUUUUCUCCUGAUGGACAGAUGCUCCUCACACAUGACCAUAGUUUAAAGCUGUGGGAAACCCGCACUGGUGACUUGCGGAAUACGCUUGAGGGCUUUGCUAGUUACAGGAGAGGAGAUGGCGCAUUUUCACCAGAUGGAACGUUAGUGGCUUGGGCGAACCGAAACAGCAGCACCAUACUAUUGUGGGACUCUCAUUCUGGUACUUUGAGACAUAUCUUGGAAGGAGAAUAUGAUACCAAUGCGAUAGCAUUCUUAUCGAAUGAGAAGUUGGUCUCGGCAUCCUUUGACGGAAUAUUGACAACAUGGAGCACUAUAUCCGGAGAGCUACAGCAAAUUGUAUGUUUGAAGUAUGAAGAAGUUGAAAAAGGACCUUGGCUUCUUUGUCAUGUGGCCGAACUCACGCGCGACGGUGGUAUACUGGCCCGCACCCUAAAGAAUGGCACAAUAGAGCUCUGGGAUACAGUCAAGGCCGAACUACGACAUACACUCAAGAGUCAUGGCGAAAUUAUUUACUCACUAGCACUCUCACCAGAUGGAAAACUCCUAGCCUCAGGGUCAGAGAAUGGCAUAUUGGAGUUUUGGGAUGCGUGUAAAGGAACUGUGCAUCAUACUCUGCGCUGCCAUGGCAUUGAUUGCUGUAUUAAUUCUGUGGCAUUCUCUCAUGAUGGGAGAUCGCUGGCUUUAGGUUGUGAGCAAGGGCUGACCAUCUGGGACAUAUGCCAUAGCCCAAUAUUAUCCACCUUUACUAGCCGCAAAAAGAGUAUUGAACUAGUCAGAUUCUCACCAGACAACAAGAUUGUGGCUUCCGCAACUGAUUAUCAGGUGACACUCUGGGAUACCACUCGCUGUGACAUUCAGCAUGCCCCACAAGGGCAUACAAAGCCAGUAACUACAGUACAACCUUCGCCUACUGGAGCGUUUCUGGCUAGUAGCUCCGAGGAUAAUACAGUGAGGCUCUGGGACGUUUCCACGGGCACAGUGAAAUGCGUACCACAAUGUUACUCAGAUGCAUAUUUGACGGUCUCCAUCUCCCCAAAGGGCCACCUGUUGGCUGUGUCAAUGGGCUCACUCAUUAAGAUAUGGGACGUAUCAACUGGGGCCUUGCAGCAUAACCUAUCGUCAAACGAGUCUGGUAAUAUAAAACGCAUGUUGUUCUCACCGGAUGAAAGCUUGCUUUUGGCUCUUUGGGAUGACAAAAUGUGCUUAUGGGAUGCGGUUACGGGCACAUGCAAGUGGGCCGUGGAGCCGAAGAGACAGGGCUCGUCCAUUUCUGAUGUGUCAAAUUCCCCGAACAGUUUAGCAUCCUUCAUACAUGUUGAUACAGUAGCUUUCUCACCAUCUGGAAAUCUGCUGGCCUCCAGCCACAUAUUUGAAAAAACGGUGAGGCUGUGGAACAGUGGGAAAGGCAUGGAGGAACAUGUCUUUUCCGACUGCUCUACAGAUCAAUUACAAUUUUCACCUGAUGGCAAGCUGUUGGCGACGGGAUCUGUUAGCACCGGAGUUAAAGUGUGGAAUGAAUCUGACGGCGACUUGCGGCAGACCUUGGAGGAAGAGGACGGGCCAUCGUGGUUUAAGGAAGCCAGGAAGAGCGACGACGGAUAUUCGUGGCUUUUCGACACCAACAUGCAAGAAUACAGGAUUCAUCCAAAGGCCCCAAUCAACAUCAUAUCGCUGACUUAUGAUUGGAUAGGCAUCGGAAAAGAUAGGCUCUUAUGGAUUCCACCUGAAUAUCGCGGAUUAUAUCGGGACGCACAAAAAGUUAUUGGAAAUAGGGUUAUUUUAGGAUGUGACACAGGUGAUGUAAUUUUUAUAGGUCUUCGUUUGCCCUCAGAAUGUUAG